GCCCGGACCGUCAGUGUGUUACACAGGAAGCGAUUGAAGUUAGCUCGAGAGGCAGCUUGUAUUAAAUACUAUCUGUGGAGUGUUUUGUUCAGCUAUUGUUUUAAACAGUUUGUAAUAGAAUUAUAACCAUUAAUCAACAUGUUGAUCAAAGUUAAGACUCUCACUGGAAAAGAAAUAGAGAUCGACAUUGAGCCCACAGACAAGGUGGAGCGAAUUAAAGAACGGGUGGAGGAGAAGGAAGGGAUCCCUCCGCAGCAACAGCGACUCAUCUACAGUGGAAAACAGAUGAAUGAUGAGAAGACGGCAGCAGACUACAAGAUCCAGGGAGGCUCGGUGCUCCACCUUGUGUUGGCGCUAAGGGGAGGGUCGUCGCUCCACAGAGGCUGCAUACAGCCCCCCUCCUCAUGAGGCGCUGACCGUCGGAGCCCGCAGAGUGCCAUCACUUUAGAUGUCUGUCACAGCACAGAAAUCUGGAAAUCCUCUGCUCCCGGGCCAACGCAAACAAACCAAACAACAGAAGAAGGACAUUCUGAUUCCUUUCUAGAUGUUUUCUUUUUUUUUUUUUUUUGACAGUUUAAGAGCACUGUGGUCUUUCUGCUUGUGAAUAAAUGCUGAAGUUGA